AUGGUGGAGCUGACGGCAUUGGCCACAAUCACAUCAGACAGCUCAGAUUUCAAACGAGCCAGUGACAAAAGCAAGGGUGGUGAAGAGAAUCUUUUCUUAAGUCUCUAUUCACUCACGACCGAUUACAACUGUGGAUAUUCCGCGACUGAAUUUCUUGUCCCUAUCCAGGAGACCCUCCAAAGGCUGCUUGCUCAAGAAGAUACAGACAAUGAUUAUAAAAUCACAGUCGAUGACAAAGGCCCUAAGAACUUAUUGUUGGGGUCUGUAGGAUCCGACGGAUUUCGUCGCUACGAAGUUCGAGGGACCUAUCCACUUUCAGUCCUAUUGCAGGAAUUGAGUCUACUCCAAAGCCCAUCCGACUUACCAGCGGUUCUGGGACCCGGCCAAUCCCAAGUCAGCACUGUCGCACGAUUGACAGACCACGCACUCAAUGAGAACCCUGUCACGCGGCUUUCACGCUUGAUCCGUACGUCAUUUUGGGACAACCUCACGCGUCGUAUUGAUACUUCCAAUGUCGCAAGAGUGGCAAAGGACCCAAAAGAUUGGACUCCCGAUUCUCGAGGUCGUCUUUAUGUUCCACGAGGGGCUUUGAUGCAAUAUGAGUACUACAAGAAAUUCGUCGAUGAGAACCCCAAUGCUUUGAACCUUGACGUCAUCCUCCUUCCCGAGAACAUCACACCAGAGUACGUGCGAGAUUUGAACGAUGCACCUGGCAUCCUAGCUUUGGAAGUUGAUAGCUACUUUGACCCGAUCAAACAAAAAGAGGAGCUUCGUGGAGUUCCAUUUGUUGUCCCUGGAGCUCGCUUCAACGAACUAUAUGGAUGGGACAGCUAUUUCAUCGUUCUUGGCUUGCUUCGCAGCGAUCGCCUGGAUCUUGCCCGUGGUAUUAUUCGAAACUUUUGCUUCUGUAUUGAACACUAUGGUAAGGUCUUUAACGCCAAUCGAACCUAUUACCUUGGUCGCUCGCAGCCACCAUUUCUCACGGACAUGGCCUUGAGCACGUUCAAAAGGAUCAAGCAUGAGCCUGGCUCCCUUGAGCUGCUCCGUCUAGCUACAUGGGCUGCGAUCAAAGAGUAUAACACUGUAUGGACUGCAAGUCCCCGAUUAGACCCUCUCACAGGUCUCUCUCGAUAUCAAGCUACUGGUGUUGGCGUCCCUCCCGAGACGGAGAAAUCGCACUUUGUUCACCUACUCUCGCCAUAUGCCAAAAAGCACAAUCUGAGUAUGGAUCAAUUCAUUCGAGCAUACAACCAUGGUGAAGUUUCUGAGCCGGAGUUGGAUGAAUACUUCCUCCAUGAUCGAUCUCUACGAGAGUCUGGACAUGAUACCUCCUACAGACUCGAAAAGGUGUGUGCCAAUCUUGUCACAGUGGAUCUGAACUCGUUGCUUUAUAAGUACGAAACCGAUAUUGCCUUUAUUAUUCGUGAGUACUUUGACGACGCCCUAGUAGUGUCGUCUCGGUUUGCUCAGGCCGAAUACAUUGAACAAUCUGCUCUCUGGGACCGCCGCGCGCAAUUUCGUCGAACCCAAAUGGAUGCAUACCUAUGGAAUGAGGAAAAGGGACUGUAUCUUGACUACAACGUCAAGACUCAGCAGCAAAUGCCCCUCGAGAAGCCCAACCGUCAAUGGGACUAUCCUUUUGGAUGGGCUCCUCAUCAAAUAAUUGCAUGGAAUGGGUUGCUCAAUUAUGGCUACCAGCAGGAUGCACAGCGUUUAGCCUAUAAAUGGCUAUUUAUGAUGACCAAGACAUUCGUUGAGUUCAACGGGGUUGUAGUCGAAAAGUAUGAUGUUACUCGAUCAACCGACUCUCACAAGGUCAAUGCGGAAUAUGGCAAUCAAGGUGCUGACUUUCGCGGUGUCUCACGCGAAGGAUUUGGAUGGGCAAAUUCUAGCUAUUUGUGCGGCCUUGAGCUGAUGAAUACUUUGAUGAAACGAUGUCUUGGCGUUUGCGCACCUUUUGAACUGGUUGAGGAGAUUUCGAAGCUGAAUCGGUCUAAAAAUACGUAA